AUGAGUGUCUCGGCAUCGUCACAAGAUAAUAUCAUUCGUCAGAUAAUGACAGCAAAACUGGAAGCAAAAAAUAGCUGUACGUGGAAGAUGGCAAGAGACCCGCCAACUGAAGGUGUCCAUUGUAACCGUACCUGGGAUGGUAUUCUGUGUUGGCCAGACACUCUCGCUAACUCCGUACAUAGGCUGCCUUGCCCGAUCUACCUUACCGACACUACGACAAGAGUAGACAUGUAUGCUUCCAAGAGCUGUGAGGCAGAUGGAAUAUGGUAUAGCGCUGAAAACAACGAAACAUGGACCAACUACACGAUGUGUAGAGCUGCAGAUGAAGAUAACAGCAUCUAUGAGAAGAUCUACCAGUCUCUUCAAAUUGUAUACAGUAUUGGAUACUCUCUCUCGUUAAUUUCACUCGUCGUUGCCAUGGGAAUAUUCCUUUACUUCAGGUAA